CUCUUUGCCUUCCGCUGUUUUAACACACUGGUCACACUACUCACACUGCUCCUUAAUGCUAGCUUACUUGCUAGGUGGAAGAGAGAACCGAAGGAAGCUCUAAUUAAAGGGCUCUCUAAAAUCUAGAUCUGUGUGUUGUUGUUUUCUGACGCACCAUCCGCAUUCAAUUUUGGUGUGAAGCCGGCGCCAACCACAGUCUUCUUUCACCUCAGCUGCAAAAACUCGUUUGUCGUAUUUUUGAAACAGGCAUCCAUCAUGCGGAGCAUCAUCAGUGGAUUGGGUGCCGCUGGAGGAGCUCUUCUUCUCUACUCUGCAUUCAAAGAGAAGAAGCGGGUCGCUGCCUCCUGGACUGUGCCUCACGUUCCUGUUGAAGAAUACCACCCCAAGUGGGACAGUAACUGGGACAGGAGAGAUCCUAAUAGCAUAGUAAAGCCUAUAAAAGGAAAGGAUGGGAAAUUUGAAGUUCCUGAGGGGGAUGCCUCUUCAGGAAAGGCAACUGCUGUUCGACACAUUCUCCUCAUCAGGCAUGGACAAUACAAUUUGUCUGGGAAAACAGACAAAGAAAGAACUCUCACAGAUUUUGGCCAGCAGCAGGCAACCUUGACUGGCAAAAGACUGGCGGAACUGGCUUUGCCGUACUCAAGUUUGAUUCGCUCAACCAUGACGAGAGCUAUCGAAACCGCUGCCCUCAUUGGCAAGCAUUUGGACAAAGACAUUCCCAGUGAGAGUUGCCCCUUACUUCAUGAAGGUGCUCCCAUACCUCCCGAGCCUCCUGUUGGACAUUGGAGACCAGAGCAACAUCAGUUUUUUGAAGAUGGAGCGAGAAUCGAAGCUGCCUUCCGAAAGCAUUUCCACAGAGCUGAUCCUGCACAAGUGCGUGACUCAUACGAUGUUUUAGUUUGCCAUGCCAAUGUCAUUCGCUACUUUGUGUGCAGAGCUCUGCAGUUUCCACCUGAGGCUUGGCUGCGUUUCUCUCUGCAGCACGGCUCCAUCACCUGGCUGAGUGUGCAGCCGAGCGGUCGGGUGACCCUGCGAGCCCUAGGAGACACUGGGCACAUGCCACCUCACCUGCUGACCUCCAGCUGACCUGCUAAAGCCACUAAUCCCAGCUGUGAUCGAUAGAGCGGAACUUGUUGCUCGUCAAUGAAAACUGGUCUCUCUCCUGAGUUGAAUUCUUCGAUGGUUGUAAUUUAACACUUGGUAAUUUGGUUUUUAAAAUUAGAAAUCUAUGAAUUUCUCUUCCCCCUUCUGCUAAGGGAGACUUUAAUUGAGUGCUUGACAAUUUAUUUGUUGAGAAUAGUUUCAAUACUGGAGAGUAGAAUGAGAACAUUCGAAUAACACAGAGUUCACAUUGAAACUGUUGUAAUAUGAAUUAUUUCAAUACACAUUUUCACUUAAUAAAACUAACUAAAAUCUUACAAAUGUA